UUCAUAAAAUAAAUUUUUUAUGUUCUUUUUUACACGAAACGUGCUCGUACAUGUUUACGAGGAAUGUGAAAAAUUCUAUAAAAGGAACGGUUUUAUACAAAAACUCUAUUUAAUAGUGAAUUUGCCUUCGAACUAAUCGUUUUGUUUAAUCCUAUUAUAUUAUUUAUAAGGUGCAGUAGGUUUUUUUCUCUAUCCUGGAGCUUACCGGAUACAGGGUUGGAUUAUGUCGUGGAUACCAGAAAAUCUUCCCGCAAUAUGUGCUACGGAACCAAAUGGAUCGUCUUGUUCAUCAUCACAAAUUCUUUUUUUGGCGUUUGUUGCUAAUUUAUUUUCAGACUCAAGAGACAAAAGUCAUAAGCAAAAUGCUGAACCAAAAGAAUAUGAUUUCAUUGUCGUUGGUGGUGGUACAGCCGGAUGUGUUGUUACAAAUCGAUUGAGCAAAAUUAAAAGCUGGAAGGUACUUUUAUUGGAGCAAGGUAUAGAGGAACCACAAGUGGUUGAGGUGCCAGCUUUCAUUGGACUCUUACCCGGAAGUAAUAUCAUGCACAAAUAUGACAUACAGCCAGACACCAUCGCAUGCAAAAUGCAACCCUGCUCAGUAUCUAGGGGAAAGGUACUGGGAGGAUCAAGUUCAGUUGGCGAUAUGUUAUACGCGAGAGGAAACAGAGUUGAUUUUGACGAUUGGGAAAAAAUGGGAUGUACUGGUUGGAGUUAUGAAGAAGUAUUGCCUUACUUCAAAUAUUCAGAAGAUAAUCUUGACAAAGAUAUAAUUGAAGAAAAUCCGGAAUACCAUGCAACUGGAGGAUACCAAAGUGUCCAAAAAUUUCCUUAUACAGAUGUAAACACAAAAAUAGCAAUUGAGGCUUUUCAGGAAUUGGGAUACAAAUUAACAGACCCAAAUGGCGAAACGCAAUUAGGAGUUUCGAAUGCUCAAUGGACUAUAAAAAAUGGAGUUCGUGUCAGCACAAAUGCAGGUUUUAUUCGACCAAUCAGGAACAAGAGAAGUAAUCUUUUUAUAAAAACGGGAGCUCAUGUGACGAGAGUGAUAAUUGACCCAGAAACUAAACAAGCACUCGGUGUUGAAUAUAAAUAUGAUGGAAAGUCUGAAAUUGCUUAUGCCAAGAAAGAAGUUAUUAUUUCGGCAGGUACAAUUGAGUCUCCAAAAUUACUCAUGCUGUCUGGAAUUGGACCGAAAGAAAUUCUGGAAAAACAUAACAUUGAUCUAAUCCAAGACUUACCAGUUGGGCGCAAUAUGCAUACCCACAUCGAAAUUGGAAAACUUGAUUUUUCUUUCCGGAAUAAAAACUACUCGACUUUGACAACUUUGGAAGAAAUGAAACAGGAUGUAUUGCGUUACUUAAAAACACAUGCCGGCCCAGAUUCUACAAGAGGUUUAAGUGCUGCGAUGGCUUUUGUAAAGACCAAAUUCGAAAAAAAUGAAAACGCACCUGAUAUUAAAAUUGAAUUUCAUCCGGAUGAAUUGCCAUAUCAACCGUCUGUUUAUUACGAUAGCUUUAGCGUAACCGUAAUUUUGCUUACACCAAAAAUUAGAGGAUACGUUACACUUAAUGAUACGUAUCCAAUUUCGGGUAAUCCUGCAAUUUUCACUGGAAAUUUGGCAGCAGAAUCUGACAUAGAUGCUUUGAUUGAGGGUAUUCACGAGGUUUUGAAACUCGCAGAUACUAAAAUCUUUAACGAUAGUGGGUAUGAGAUUAACAAAGUUCCAAUACAGGCUUGCCAAGAGUUUGAGUUUGGGAAUGAUGAUUAUUUUAAAUGUAUGAUUCCACAAUAUGCUGCUUUUACUUCCGAUUAUGUUGGAACCUGUAAAAUGGGAACUAGGGAUUCUGGGGCUGUUGUUGAUCCAAGAUUAAAGGUGUAUGGUGUAAAUGGAAUGAGGGUUAUUGAUGCUUCCAACAUGCCAGCAGUUGUCAGGGGAAAUCCGAUUGUAGCAACUAUUAUGAUUGCGGAAAAAGGCGGUGAAAUGAUUAAGGAAGAUUGGAAAAUAAAUAAUUGCAGAAGAUAAUGGAAGUAUUUGUAUAAUUACACUUUUUAUUUCAAUAACUUAAUUCAUAUUAUAUACCUGUAAUCUUUAUUUUAACUCUUUAUGCAGUUUUCUCCUAUGAAAAAGGAAGAUUUUGUUUCUCAUUAGGAUUGUAACAAGAAUAAAGCUAUUUAACAUCUAAA